AUGUCCGAGAAGGAGGCUGAGGAAGUUAGAAAGCGCCAUAGCCAAUCAAAACUUUCAAAUCUGCUAGUGCGCUUACAUGAGUUCUCAACAGUCGUAGAGGCGGACCGGGCAAUGAAAGCUGGAGACAUUGGCCGCCUGAUUAACAUAUGGCGGAUGUGGUCUGUUAUGUCGCAAUCGUUGCCUGGAUUGACUCAUUACGCCACUUAUCUCCCCCGCUUGGUCCUGCUUUUGACCAAGGUGCUCCCCGAGGGGCUCAGCAGAUUCUUCAGGCACAGCAUACAGUGGCAAGCACCGAGUGUAUCAGAGUCACAAGGUGACCUUGUCAAAAAACUCACUCAAGUUAUUCAGACAGAUGGCAUUAGACAGCGACAUUCUUGA